AUGAUCCGGCAGAGGCGUUCCAUUUUGAGUGCUCUCAUUUUUGUUCCAUUUGCCUCCGUCGCCUGGCAUGCCUGGAGCUUCACAGGAGCGUGGUCAUCUUACCGAAGAGGCGCCGGCACCACCGGCAAGCCCUUGACGGCUCGUGCAAACCAAGCAGAUCCAUACACUGUUUUGGGACUUCCGCCGGGCACCGUCGACGAAGACGCAGUUCGAACGGCCUUCCGCCGUCUUGCAAAGGUUUAUCAUCCUGAUGUGCCGCAGACAGGGGACAUCAUGAAAUUCCAGGAGAUACAGACAGCGGCGCAGCAACUCAUAACAGGACGCGCUCCGGGUGCUGCCUGGGAUGCCAGUUCGCUGGAGAAUCUCUUCACGGGAAGCUCCACUCACAUUUACUCGUCAGCUGCGCAGAGGCCGCCGUCCACAGCGCAUCAGCCGCUGCAGCAAGCUGACUUCGCAAGUACCCGGAAUGGGAGAGUGGAUAUCGCCUACUGCGCCAGCAUGCGCGACUCCAGCUUGCGCAAGACCGCGCGGCUCGACAGGAUCACCCUCCAAGCGUCAGCGGAGACGCUGUCUAGAGUUCAGCGGGUGCUGACGGAGAUGUCAGGCACCACAGCCGAGCCAUCGAUGCCACUUCCCAUGGUUGGCUUCAUUCUGGAAGGGCACACCCACAGCAUCGGUGAACAGCAGGUCGCCAACAUUGCGCUGGCACUGGAGAAGGAGUUCGGCAUCGAACUCCUGACCAUCCUCGCCGGCACGUGGAUCAAUUUCCCCAUGCCGGUUGAACUCCAGACAGUGAAGGACUUGGCCGACUUUAUCGCAACUUGCCUGCACUUGACCUUUGAUCUUUGCAGCCGGAGCGCCGAAUGCGAAGUUUUCAGGAGAGCAAAUUGGCAGCCUGAGGGAUGCAGCCAUCACUUAGUACAGUGCUGCGGACUCUGUGACUCGGAGAACCAGGCAGCUUUAACCCAAUCUUGCCCGGACGUGACUGGCAUUUUUGGUUCCCUUCAGGAUGCCGAGACCUGCGAGUUUAGCAUGCACGGAAAAGUGCAGGGCGGGGGCGUUUCGUCGGCCUCGGAUCGGAAUUCUAAGUAA